AUGAAUGUGGAUAUCCAGCGGAUCAAUGUGGGAUAUUGGACUUUUCAUUUGGGGAAUGCUUUACUGUUUAUCGGCUUCCUCGGCUUCAACUCACAAAUCGGACUCUUGGUAUUGAGGCUGUUCGCCGUCUUGGGAUUCGGAACAAUGGCGGCUCGGAUCUGGCUUUUGCCUGAUAAAGAUGGAUACCUCGAGACGGCGAUUUGGAGCGCGGUGUUUGCCGCUGUUAAUUUCGUGCACUUGCUUGUGAUAUUCUAUCGAUUGAGGCCUAUCAAAUUCUCGACUGAGCUAGAGAUGGUAUAUAAAGCCAUGUUCGUCCCUUUGCGUGUCUCUCGAAGUCAGUUCAAAAAAAUCACCGAAGCUGUGACCGGGACAAUGCAUAUUCCAGCCAACCAUUUGUUCGUUGAAGAAAAUCGGUCACGUGUCGAGAAUCUGACCCUCGUACUUGACGGCAGUUUUGCAGUAACUCAAGGGAAUAAGAGACUGCAUGUGGUGAAAUCACUGCAGUUCCUGGAUUCGCCGGAAUGGUACAUGGUCGUGACGGAUCAUCCGUUCCAGGUGACGAUGACCAGUCUUGAAAAUUCGACUGUGAUAAUGUGGCAUCGCGAUAGACUCAAGUUGUCCAUCAUGCGAGAUCAAUUCCUGCAAGCCGUGUUCGACCACAUCGUCGGAAGAGAUGUCGUCAGAAAACUUCUGCAGGUGAGCGAUACGUUGUCGACUGCAACUAUGUUGCGGUGCGAGAAGCGUGCUGCUGGAGCCUUUGGGGAUUCGAAAGGAGGUAACGGUAUUAUCGAUUCGCGAGCGGAUUCUGUGCCGAACAAUAAGCCAGUCGUUGUUGUCCACCGUGUGGACAAACCUGGGCAAGAAUCGGUGACGAAUCACGUUUUGGACUCUCAUGCCAGUGGAAGGAAGCGGUACGAGGAGGAACCGUUGCUCGCGACGAAGCCGGAUCGGUUGUUGAAAGACGAGUUCACGCUUGCUAUGGAUGGGCUGAUGGAGGCGAUUGGGAGGGACUCUUUGGCCACCAACUUCCGUCCGUUUGUCCAGCAUGACGUCAUUCGCACGACUAAUCUGUAGCUCCUCUCAUUUUCCUUUCUCAGUCACGCACCACUUUGAUUUCCAGUGCCGAGUGAAAGAGAAAGACUUGUCCGUUCGAAUUACAUUUUUUUUUGCGAACAACAACUUUUUUGUUGUUAGAUUCAUGCCAGUUUUCGCUUGCCAUCAGUUUGGGUGUACUUUUUUUUUUGCUUGUGACGCGCUCUCGCAAGUUUUGACGAUAUUUUGUGUAGUCACACAGAAUUGAUUUUUUGAAGCACUAGAUUUAGGAUGAACUUUUGCAUGCUUUUUAAAAAUUAUCUUGGUAUCUUUUUGAAAUUUUUAAGAUUUGAAAUACUGCAGUCAAGCGAGCCGGCUGAAAUGCCCGCUGUUUGGUCAAGUUCUGAACUAAAUCAUGGGAAAUUCACCUUAAAACGAACAAGUUUUCGAUGGAAAUGUAUGUUUACUCGGUUUGGUUUAUCAGUUUUGUCUCCCUAGCUGAGUCGCGGAUAGAUAAAUGAAGAUGCUCGUAAUUUGCAAAGAUUAUUUUCCCGACUGCUUUGAAAUUUGGCACGACCAGGUUGAAAUCGAAGGACAGAAAGUUGGUCGUCGACGCGAUCUCUAUGAGAAAACAAAGAUUCCAUGAUCUAUAAGCAGUUUCUUCCAAUAAUUGAAAAUGUGCCAUGACCCUGAUCUGACGACCAUGUUGUAAUACUAGUUCUAGUAGAGAGAAUUUAGAUUUUGAUGUUUAAUGUUAAAUUUGAACUGACGUUGUCAUUGGCGAGCGAGAAGUGCCAUUAAAGAAAAUUACAGUAUUUUCAAAUUAUCCGAAGCUUUCUGUAACUCUUAUUAAUCCCAGAGUAGAUUUUAGGAUUCCGACGAAGAAACUUGGGUUAUCCAAAAAACGCAGAAGUGAUGAACCAUUCCGUAUGAACGUUCUUCUAACUUGAAUUUUCCUCAGCGUAUCACCGAGAGAGUUUCUAAUCGUUUUUAUACGUAUAGUAUUCGAUUGGCUUAACGAGAGUUUAGGCUUUCCUGUGUAAAGCUGUUUUUAGAAAGUUUAAAUUUUGAAACUAAAAUCUGAUUGUCUGUGAGAAACAUUUGUCGCCAUGUACGUGUAGCUUGAGAAUGUGCCAUUUGAGUUUGCCUUGGUGGCAUAUGAACCGCGUGUAUUUUGUUUUUUCAUAUUCCGCGGAUCAAUGUAGUCUCUGAACAUAUUGUUGCAACGAAUAGGAGCCUUUGUCGGCGGAGAGGACUGGAGGAUGCAGAAGAUCGAUGAAGUGGAGACCGAAGCGGAGACGAAGCUUUAAGAGAGAGGAUUAAAAAAGAGCAGAGAAAGGGGGGGGAAUGUGCUUCCUGCUGUUUGUUCGUUCGUUUCGGGGUUCAGCGAUAGUGUGCCUUGUGUGUGACCUGUCGCGGAGUGCAUCGUCGUAGGAACGAGCAAGAAAAGCGUGGAUUUAGCUUGUAACCGGAUUUGACGACUUGCGAGGCUCUGCUUUCUGGUCAUUAAAAGUUGAAAUGGAGUAAUCCUGGUGGACCGUUUUACAUGAGCCUACCUUCUGACGCUUCCGCAGAUGUGACUCGAGUGUGAAAGUUCUACUUUGCGAAGCUCGUAAGGCACUGUUUAAGCUUGUUUGAUCUUGUUUCAUUUCGCAGAAAUAUCAAGCGUUGAAUAAUUUCAUUUGUCGAAAAGAAACUGUAGUGGUCAUUAUCCGGGCAUAUUCUUUAAAUGGUCAUGGAAACGCGCGGAAUGGAAGAGAAAUUUGGUCGGAUUAACAAACUUCAAAUCGCAAGAAAUUCUAAGCCAAAAAAAAAAAUCGGACUCAAUGUAGGAUUCAUGUUCAGUGAGAGUCCAUCAACGACUUGUUUCUGCGUCAUUGGUAUCUGAACAAAAUUGUGUUCACGGAACCCAUCCGGAAAAGUUCCCGAGAAUUUGUUUUUGUGUUUUGCAGAACUUCUCUUGCAUAUUUAUUCUUAUCCGUUUUCUGACUUCGGAGGAGUUUUAUCCCGUUUGCACAUAGAUGAAUGAACGGAUUUAAUUUGUUGUGGAAGGUAAAAUUGAGAAAGUAAAUUCAUUUCUUAGUCUUCAUCUGAAAUAUUUAAACAUUCGAAAGAAAAAUAUUUGUCCAGACAAUUUCUUGAUGGAAGGUGGUGAUCCAUAAAUCUUUCCAUUUCUGUAAACCGACUGAUUCGAGCGUUUCCAUUCGCGCCAAAUUUUUCUGAUGCAUAACUUUCCUGAAAGAGAUUUCGUAUUUGAAAUCACUGGUUUGUAAAUCGGUCUACUAGAAGAUUUUCUCUUGGAUCAUUCUCAGUGGGAGUUCAAAAGUAGAAGCGUAUUUCGUUCGCCGCUUUGGAAUUGUGAUACGUAUUUCACUUUGGUUGGGAAUUGGUGCUGUAUUUUUUGGUUUGAUUCUUGCCAGUAAUUGUCUGUAUGGUAUUAUAAAGGAACCUCGUUUUGAAAAAUGAAAAAAAAACUGACGGAUUAACGAAUGAUUCGAUGCAAAUCAGAAACAGAAUCAAUGGUGGUAUUGCAAGUGCUUGUGAGUGUUCCAUUGGCGUAAGUAACGGAUGUCAGUUUUGUGGGUUCCUUGCGUCAAGCGUAAGCCAAUUUUUUUUGUGUCCCGGGAAGUGAUAUUAAUUUUUUUUCUAAAUCCCGUCAGCGUGUUGUAGCCAGUAUUAGCCGAGGCUCUCGAAUUCGUCUGUGUGGCUCGCGCUUUGGAAGAACUUCCCGGAAUAAAAAAAGAUGGUGUCUGUCCGGAAAAA